GUGUGCAUGUGUGUGUGUGUUUGCUUUUGUAAUUUACACAUCUGUUAUAAAGAUUUCUCUCUGUGAGUAAGAUGGGUGUCCCCUACAGGUAGGGCUGGACACAUCCCGUAGGAUGAGUGGCGGAGGAGGUGCACCUGGAGCUGAGAAUGACCACAGUACUGUCACUAAGAAGCAUAUGUGCCUCCACUGUCCAUACAGUACAAAUGUAGCCACAAACUUAAGAAACCACAUGCGCACACACACAGGCGAAAAGCCAUUUUCGUGCCCAUACUGUCCUUACUCAGCCAUAACAAAGGACAACCUGAAGAGACAUAUUCGUGGUCAUACAAGAGAGAGUUCCUUUGAGUGUGCCAUGUGUCCAUUCAAGUGUAUAGACAAGAGUGCCAUCAUGAACCACAUGGUAACUCAUCAUCCACAAUGGUGCUAGAUGUAUAUGGAGCCACAGAUAUAUAUGGAGCCACAGAGAAGCCAACACAGUCAACAUAAAGAGAGCAAGGAAAAAAAUAACUUCUGUAAGAAUUCAAGAUAAGAAGUCUGUACUUUCCAUAUAUAUUGCAAAUUAUGGAACAACUUUUCAGUUAACUUGUUGAGCGUGUAAGCACUUUAUACAGUAUCAUUCAUUUUGAUUAUUCUUUGGGAAGCCAGCUGAGAUAUGCUGAAUGCUGCUGGCCAUUUUGGUUGAUUCUUUGAUAAUUUAUAAGGUAAUGUCUUUUUAAGCAAUUCAACUUAUCAAAAGCAUGAAGGUUUUUAAACUUGUAUAGAUUAUCAAGUUAAAGCAGUAGGUUUGAAUUCUGCAUUACACAAAGUGUGAAAAAUAUAAGUUUUUC